AUGGGCGGCUGCCGGGAUCCGAGCCAGAUGUCGACCAGGGAGCUGCCGGCCGGUGAUCUUGUUAACCAUGUCAACUACAUCUCCGGCAGCCAGCUCGAAGUGGAUGACUGGUGUUUUGGCAAGGAGCCCUACAGCCGGGCCAAUCUGCUGCCUGGGAGCAAGAACGCCAAGCAGUCCGCCGCCGCGACCAAGCGGCAAGAGGCCCUGAAGGCAGCCGCCUUCCGGAAGAUCCCGAAGCCGCUCCUAAUGGUGUCGGCGGCCCCGCUUUCUCUGUCGCGAGCCCCAUCCGGCUCGGUGAUUGGGGCGGCAGACGGCUCGACCGACACUCACCGCGUGGACCCGCUCGCCACCCUUAGGGAGGCGUCGGAGAGGAAUGCGCGGGAGGCGCAAGAGGAGCGGCAAGCCGCGGCCCGGGCGAAGACGGAGGCGGCUGAGGCGGCGCUAAUGGAGGCCAAAGCGGCAGCCAAGGCACAAGCCGACGCGGCGGCCAAGGAGCAGGCGGACGCGGCCGCCAAGUCGCGGGAGGAGGAGGUGUCCCGCAGCAGGGCUCUAGAGUCCACUAGCCCGCAGCACGCGGAGCCGCCGGUGCCGGAGGGCCAGGCACCAACUAGAGGGGCUGGUGUUGACCAGCCGACCCUGGAGAGGGGAGGGGCAGACCCCGUCGUCUUAGAGGCGGAGGUGCCUCCGCGCGUGCUGACUGGUGGGGCGCAGGGCAGUCGGCCCGACGCGCCGCUGGUGCCGCAAUCUGGGGACGAGCUAGUGGUGGGCCCGAUUCCCACGGUCCGCGUGCCUGCGCAGCAGCGCCCGGACGUCCUGGACCGGUUCAACACCCAAGGCGCCAUUCUCCAGCAAUCCAUGCAGGAGUUUUUGGCAACGCGGACGGCCGUCCAGGCCACCGCUGAUCUGCACAAGCGCCUGGGUGAGGUUGAGUCUGAGCUCCGCACCAAGGAGCAGGAGCGCAGCCAGGCCGCCCAAGAACGCGACCGACUGGUGAAGGAGCUAGAGGACAAGGCGGCGAAGCACCAGGCGGAGGUCCAGAAGCUGAAGGAGAGCGAAAUCCUCAUCAAGGCCGAGUACGAGACUCAGCGCUCGAACUGGGCUGAGAGGGAGAAGUUCCUAUCCGACGGCUACGGUGAAGUCGAGGACAUGAUCGACGGUUGA